AACAGUACCGCUCUGUGAGGUGCUGCAAGGCCACAUCCAGCCAAAAUGGAAUCUGCAGUUGUAAAGGAAGAUACAGGCUCAUUCCCCAACCUAGAGUACGAGGCCGCUCACAAGGCGUUCAGGGAUCGCUGGAAAGAGACGGAUGAAACCAUGUGUCGCCACAGCAUGUCCUUCCACUUGCACCACUCGCUGAGGAGUGAGUUCUUUGCCAGCUACCUGUACCUGAUGGAGAAGACUCCUGUUGUGAAGCUGUUUCCAGUCACCUGUGAGAUCAUCAAAGGAGAGAAACAGUUUUACUACAGAUCUCAGCAGUACUACGAGGACGUCCCCGCCUCGGAGGAGGGCAUGCUGGGAGGUUUUGUGGAGAUAUGCAACGUGGAUCUGGAGGCUUCCCGUGAGUUUCUGAAGAGGUUUGUGGGUCCUGGUAAGGCAGGCACACAGUGUGCCCUGGACUGUGGCUCCGGCAUCGGCCGUGUGAGCAAAGGCGUCCUCCUCCCUGUGUUUGAGAAAAUGGAGCUGGUGGACAUGAUGGAGCACUUCCUGCUCCAUGCUCACGAGGAGUACCUUGGCGAUGAUGCCGACCGCAUUGAGACCUACUACUGCUACAACCUGCAAGACUUCACGCCUCCAAAAAACAAAUAUGACGUCAUCUGGAUGCAGUGGGUGGCAUGCCACCUAACAGACAAGGACCUGAUGAACUUCCUGAUGCGCUGUAAGAAGAGUCUGCAUCCAAACGGCGUCAUCAUAAUAAAGGACAAUAUGGCGCGGCAGGGUUGCAAGCUGGACCCAAUCGACAGCAGCAUCAGCCGCCACCUGGACAUCAUGAAGUGCAUCAUCGGCAAGGCCGGCCUCGAGGUCCUGGCUGUAGAAAAGCAGGAAGGCUUCCCUGACAUCAUCAUGCCUGUCUGGAUGAUUGCAAUGAAGUAGUGACAUCAUAACUCUCAGAGGGAAAUCCAACCUUAAUCUGAAUGCACACUUUUUUCCUCUUUUGUUUGAGUCUAUAUUUUGGAUCAGGUCUCUAAAAACGACAACACCACAGCAAGAAAUCUUCCAAGUGUUCAACAGCAGAUAAAUCCUGAAACCACCGUGUGGAGUGUGUGAUGGCACCCGGGGAGAUUUUAUGGAGACAGGAGUUCUUUUUCUGCUCAGCCCAGAAGUAAAAUAAAGGUUUUACGUGGACAUUAACCUUCUACAGAAGCACUCUGUACGUCCACCAAAGCUAGACUGUAAUUUAUUGUCGGGUCUGUAUCGUGAUGACAUUAAAGGUGGACCCUCAGCUCUCUUGAGUUGUUCCUGUCUCAACCACGAGGAUCAUUGGAAUAACAUGUGGACUAAGAUGGUUUGUCUGCCAAGUGAAUGAUUUGUAUCCCGUUUGACACUAAAUCCAGCAUGUUACAUUACAAGGACAGCACUCAGCCAUAAUGUACCAUGUUAGAUUUCUUAAAAAAAACAUAUUGCUUUAUGUUUUAAACAUGGUAAUUAUUUUAAACUUGAUAUUCAUUAGAGUUUCUUGUUAUAGAAACAACUUCUCACCCCAUUGUAAUAUGAUCUGAAUUUAAAGUUGAGCAGGGGAACCUGUUAACAAAGGUCAUGUGACAAAAA